GGCGGGGGCGGGGGCGGGGGCGGAAGGCGCCCCCAAGGGCUCGGGGACCCGAGGGCCCGGGGCCAGCGGGCUCAGGAACCGCGCAGGCGGUCGCAGCUCCUCCCGCCCGGCCCGCGACUGGGGACCCCGGUUCCGACGCAGCGGGGACCUGAUGAUUUUCUCGGUUCACCGCCGAGCCCCUGGAAUCGAAUGGGACGUGCAAAGGCAGGGCCCUGCCCCCAGGGGUUGCAAUCUCAGCCUCUCACUCCUCCAAGCAGUUAGGGCUGCCUCUGUCGGUGCAGCACAACCGCCCGCCUCAGCCGCUGCCCUGCAGGGUGCACAGUAAAGGCACCCGCGGUUUUAGUCUGUCCACGACUCCGCUUGAUAAGUCCUCCUCUGCUGUCGGUCUUGAGGAGGAGGAGAUGGAGGACUCAGAACCAAGAAUUUCCAAGUGAUUUCUUCCAAAGCAUAAGAAACUGUUAGUGCUGGUGUGUUCUCACUGAGAUUGAAAAAUAUUUUCCAAGUCCUGAUCUCGAAAUACGAUCUGUUCGGGUGAAGGGUGUGCAUGUGUGAGAAGAAUGACCACAUUCUGCCACUGUCUGGAGGUGGGCAUAGGAAACACCCCUGCCUUUCUGUCACAGACAUCGCCCUCCUGAACUUAACCUAUUUUAUUUAUUUGAGAGAAAGCACAAGCAGAGGGAGCAGCAGAGGGAGAAGCAAGGUCCCCCGCUGAGCAGGGAGCCUGAUGCAGGACUCUAUCCCAGCACUCUGCAAUCAUGACCUGAGCUGAAGGCAGACGCCUAACCUACUGAGCCACCCAGGAACCCCUCAAUACCUAUUUCCUAUGGGAGCCCCUGUGUUGCACUCAGUAAUUGAUGACAGUCAUGUCCCUUUCCAGGGACCUCAAGGACGACUUGCACAGUGACACAGUUCUCUCCAUCUUAAAUGAGCAGCGCAUUCGGGGCAUUUUAUGUGAUGUCACCAUUAUUGUGGAAGACACCAAAUUUAAAGCCCACAGCAAUGUCCUAGCUGCUUCAAGCCUUUAUUUCAAAAAUAUCUUUUGGAGCCAUACAAUCUGUAUCUCCAGCCAUGUCCUGGAACUGGAUGAUCUCAAAGCUGAAGUGUUUACAGAAAUUCUUAAUUAUAUCUACAGCUCCACAGUUGUCGUCAAGAGACAGGAAACAGUCACCGAUCUUGCAGCUGCAGGAAAGAAGCUAGGAAUAUCCUUCUUGGAGGAUCUUACUGAUCGCAACUUCUCAAAUUCCCCUGGUCCCUAUGUAUUUUGCAUUACUGAAAAAGGAGUGGUUAAAGAAGAAAAAAAUGAAAAAAGGCAUGAAGAACCUGCGAUCACCAAUGGGCCAAGGAUCACAAAUGCAUUUUCCAUCAUCGAAACAGAAAAUAGUAAUAACAUGUUUUCUCCACUGGACUUGAGGGCUAGCUUUAAAAAGGUCUCCGACUCCAUGAGAAGCACUAGCCUUUGCCUGGAGAGGACUGACGUGUGCCACGAGGCAGAGCCCGUCCGCACCCUAGCUGAGCACUCGUACGCCGUUUCUUCCGUGGCCGAGGCCUACAGAAAUCCGCCUGUACGUGAGCAUGACAGCAGUUCCCCUGCUAAGACAGGUAAAGAAAAUGGUGAAGCUCUUGCAGGAAAGCCGAAAACAUGCCGGAAGCCAAAGACAGUCUCCAUACCCCAGGAUUCUGAGUCAGCUGCAGAAAACACACCACCCCCUCCAGUAGCCAGCUUAGAGGUUAAUCAAGAAAGAAGUCCACAGCCAGCUGCAAUUCUUCCUCCUUCCAAAUCUAACAACGAAGGAGAUGGCCGUUUUUCCAAGGAAGAUGAAAAUAAGUCCUCUGACAUGCCUGGGCCACCGGCUGUGGAGGUCCCACCUCUCGUUUACAAUUGCAGCUGUUGUUCCAAAUCCUUUGACAGUAGCACUUUGCUCAGUGCCCACAUGCAGCUUCACAAGCCGACCCAGGAGCCGUUAGUGUGCAAAUACUGCAACAAGCAGUUCAGCACUCUGAACAGACUGGAUCGGCACGAGCAGAUUUGUAUGAGGUCAAGCCACAUGCCGGUUCCUGGGGGAAAUCAACGCUUUCUAGAAAACUAUCCUACCAUUGGACAGAAUGGAAGUUCAUUCACAGGUCCAGAACCCCUAUUAUCUGAAAAUAGGAUUGGUGAAUUUUCCGGUCCUGGAAGUACCUUGCCAGAAACGGACCACAUGGUUAAAUUUGUUAACGGGCAAAUGCUCUACAGUUGUGUUGUAUGCAAACGUAGUUAUGUGACUUUAUCCAGCCUCCGAAGACAUGCAAACGUUCACUCCUGGAGAAGAACAUAUCCUUGUCAUUACUGCAACAAAGUAUUUGCAUUGGCGGAGUACAGGACAAGACAUGAAAUUUGGCACACGGGAGAAAGGCGCUAUCAGUGCAUUUUCUGCCUUGAAACUUUCAUGACCUACUAUAUUCUCAAAAACCAUCAGAAGUCUUUCCAUGCCAUAGAUCACAGACUUUCCAUCAGUAAAAAAACAGCAAAUGGAGGCCUGAAGCCUAGUGUCUAUCCAUAUAAACUUUACAGGCUACUGCCUAUGAAAUGCAAGAGGGCUCCUUAUAAAAGCUACCGAAACUCUUCCUAUGAAAAUGCCCGGGAAAACAGUCAGAUGAACGAGUCUGCACCUGGUCCCUAUGUGAUUCAGAACACACACAGCUCCGAGUUACCGACCUUGAGUUUCCAAGACCGCAUCAACACCUUGACCCACGGUCCGGCCGUCCCCUUGGAAACAUCUGUACGUCAGGAGGUCCCGGCUUCUGCCAAUGCACAGAGCACAGAGGGGACCAAAUGGGGAGAGGAGGCACUGAAAGUUGAUCUGGACAAUAACUUUUAUUCCACGGAGGUGUCCGUUUCUUCCACUGAAAACGCGGUGAGCUCCAACCUGCCGGUAGGGGACGGGCCUAUUUCAUCUCUGAGUAACAGCAGUGAGAACGCGGCCUCUGUGAUCAGCUACAGCGGCUCGGCUCCGUCGGUCAUCGUGCACAGUAGCCAGUUCUCAUCAGUGAUCAUGCACAGCAACGCCGUUGCUGCCAUGAGCAGCAGCAGCCACAGAGCCCCCGCGGACCCAGCUGCCAGCCAGGCCCUGAAGGAUGACCGCAGACUCGAGCCCGAUAAAGCCGGCAGAGCUGUCAGCCGACCCAAAAGCGUUAAGGAGAAAAAGAAAACCGUGCCGUGUAACAAGGCAGAAGUAGCCGAGGAGCCAAAGUACAGUGCUGAUCCCGGAGGGUCGUUGAGCAAAACCACAAGCAUGAAAGAAACCAGUAAAAUUGAGACUUACAUUGCAAAGCCCGCUCUGCCUGGAACCUCCACGAAUAGCAACGUCGCGCCCCUCUGCCAAAUAACCGUAAAAAUCGGCAACGAAGCCAUCGUGAAAAGGCAUAUCCUGGGAUCUAAGCUGUUCUACAAAAGAGGAAGAAGACCCAAGUAUCAGAUGGAGGAGGAGGCUUUGCCCCAAGAGAGCGACCCAGAAACCAACAGAGACAGCCCGCUUGGGCUCUGCCAGUCCGAGUGUGUGGAAAUGAAUGAAAUGUUCGAUGAUGCCAGUGACCAGGAUUCCACGGACAAGCCGUGGCGUCCUUACUACAACUACAAACCCAAAAAGAAGUCCAGACAGCUGAGAAAAAUGAGGAAAGUCAACUGGAAGAAGGAACACGAGAACAGGAGCCCAAGCACUCAGUGCAGAUACCCGGCAGAACCGGACCGUGCCGUGGCCAAGGCCCCGCAGGAGAAGGCCUUUGAGGAAGAAGAAAACAAGGAGAUGCCCAAGUUGCAGUGUGAACUCUGUGAUGGGGACAAAGCCUCGGGGGCUGGCAGCCAAGGAAGGCCCCACCGGCACCUCACCGCCAGGCCUUACGCCUGCGAGCUCUGCGCCAAGCAGUUCCAGAGCCCUUCCACCCUCAAGAUGCACAUGAGGUGCCAUACCGGGGAGAAGCCCUACCCGUGCAAAACCUGCGGGCGGCGCUUUUCGGUGCAGGGCAACUUGCAGAAACACGAACGCAUCCACCUGGGCGUGAAGGAGUUCAUCUGUCAGUACUGCAACAAGGCGUUCACCUUGAACGAGACCCUCAAAAUCCAUGAGAGGAUCCACACCGGCGAAAAGCGUUACCACUGUCAGUUCUGCUUUCAGAGUUUUUUGUACCUUUCCACAAAAAGGAAUCAUGAGCAGAGGCACAUUUGGGAGCAUGAUGGGAAGGGCUACGCCUGCUUCCAGUGCCCCAAAAUUUGCAAAACAGCCGCUGCCCUUGGAAUGCACCAGAAGAAACACUUGUUCAAAAGUCCAAGUCAGCGGGAGAAAGUAGAAGGUGACAUGUGCCAGGAAAACUCAAACCCCCUGGAGAACGCACAUGUUAAUGACUCGGAAGACAGUGACCAAAAGGAUAACAUACAAACCAUUGUUGAAAAUGUCCUUUGAGUGGCGAUACAUAGAAAAAUCUUCAAAAAUAUAAGUUGGCCGGUUUGUUGUUUUGGUUUUGUUUUUUUGUGUUUUUUUGUUUUUGUUUUUGUUUUUGUUUUUUUUAGUUAGCUGUUUUCUCUUGUUGUUUUUAAGUUAGUUUUGUUCACACAGCAGUGAUGAAGGAGUGAAAUGUAAAAGAAAAUCUCUUUUGUGAAAAUUCCAGAAAAAGGAUCCUAGUAUCUACUUUGGGUUUUAGCAUUAACUUCAUGCAAAGUGCACAAAAAUGAAAUAGCUGAAUCCUCCAGUAUCCCAAGUAUCUUGUGGAAGUUUAUGAAGUUCUUAGCUGUGGUAUUUCUGCCAGUGGGGGAAAAAAAAAAAAGUCGAACGUUAGCCUAAUUUAAAACUUUCUAGUAAGUGCUGAUAGGAACUGGCUGCUGAGCUGUCUUUAGUCACUGGAGAAAACGAGGGUCAGAUAUCAUGAAAACAUCAUCUUCGUAAAUAUGUUAGAGGGUAAAUGAGCUCUGACGGUCAUUUUUCCCAUCCAGCUUCUGCACUAUUAAAGAUUGUUUAAAUUAGUGGAUAUAUAUGAAAUAUUUAAUAUUAUAGCUGAAAAUAUGUGUGAAAUUAAGUAACCUAAGUAGGACAUUCAUUAUCUAGAACUACUUUUUCUGCAACACAAACCUUGUAAAAUACAUAUGUAAACCACUAUGACUUUUAACUGUCCACGUCCCCUGUAGAGAAUUAUAAUUGAUGAGCAAUAGAUCUGCAAAUAGUGAGGACUGAUGGAAAAAUCAGUAGAAAGCAUCUUGAAUCUGGUUUAAGAGCAUGUUGUGUGCUUUUAGAUGGAAUGCUGUUCCCUUGAAGUUAUGGCUGAGCUAUACUAGAACUGGUCUACUCCAGUCACAGAAAACAUAGGUCAUGCCUUAUCUAUGGGGGAGAGCCCUCCCAGAACUUUCCUGUGAUGACCUGUGCUGUAUAUUACUUUGCAGUGGCCUCACCUCAGAUAACAAAGAAGGGUCAAAUUCUUCUGAAACCCCCUGCAGUCUUCCAUCCAUCACAAGGCCAUGGAUGUGGAAGUCUGUUUCGGACAGACUUAGCCUCAAGGGUUUAAGUAAAACCUGACAACUCCCAAUUCCACUGAGGGAGUGUCUAGGAAAUUUAGUGCAAGCAUGCGUAUGGUGGUGAAUUCCCAGCCUCUGGAAAGUGACAGCCUAAUCCCUGUAAUCAUUAGCCUUCUUGGAGAUUAUGCAGCCCACAAGUGUACAUUAGUAUAAACCAAAAGGAUAUCAGAAAGAUACCUCCCACCUCACCCAUUAAUAACUUGAGUGGGCAAGAGGAAGUAGUGACCUUCCUUGCCUCCAGUGGUAGCUUUGUUUUUGGGGGGUGGGGUGUGGAGAUGGAAUGUGGAGUGAUAAGAUUGCAUCACUUACAGGACCCAGAUACAUCUCCCCAAAGCCAGAUGCCUCGUCUUCAUGUUUGCAGACAUCUAGCUCCCUUGCUAAAAACCCACUUAAGUUUUUUCAUGUUUUUUUUUUAUACUGACCCACACCAUCAAGCAUUGGCCUCAAAGUCCAGUUGCCCAGUAGGACAUUCCAUCACGUGGACUAGGUUCUGGGAAACUGGAACUCAUCAUUCUUAUGUUUAAACUGCCAGGAUAGGAGGGAGAGAGAAAACAUUCCUACCCUUUGAUCAGCAGUGUGAGCAGAAUCUGGAACCUGGUUUAAGGGUGACCUACAGCCACUCCUGUUCAUGGGAUUUGAUAGAUGGAAGCCCAAGGUUACCCAAAGUUGCAAGGUCACCAUUAUGAAGAAGUAGUUCAAAGGACUCCAGUUCCUCUCUCCAAGUAUUGUGAUAUCUCCAUGAAGAAGACUUCAUGUGGAUUUGGGUGGGCAAGAAGGCAUUUAAACACCCAGAGAAGGACAUGAUCAAAGCUGACCUUUUUAUACAGUAGUAUUUUGCUGUUACGUAACCCCAGUACUGCAUCUGCAUCUAGCUUUCGUUCAUCUACUUUCACUUACAUACAGUAUUAUAUAAUCGAGGAAAAUGGGAAAACACAAGCAAAUCCAACCUUACUUUAUACGUUGUAUAUAUGUAUACCUGCCCUGCUCACCUGGGUUCUUGUUAAAAAAAAAAAAAAGAGAUAGUCACAAAGGGCUUAUGAAAAUCCUUUCUGAAUUGAUAAUUACAAUAUUGAAUAGGCAAUUCUGUGAUCUACUAAUCUGUCUUCUUUCAAUUAGGAUCGUUAAUCAGAGAGAAUUACUGUGUAUUUCAGUCAUUUUGAUUUGAGGUAACUCUAUAAAACGAUCACCCGUAGUGACGUCUCCCAGCCCUCACAUGUGGGAAUUUUUUAAGUGGACUUGUAUGCUGAUGAUUCUAGACCAAAGUAAAUAUGGCAGAAUAUUUAUACAUGAAAAAAUAAUUUUGCAGAUAUUUUCUAUAAUUGUAUUAUCCGUUUAAAAUGUUGAUAGCUUGUGUUAGUUUCAGGGAGGGGUGUAUAUUUUGAUAAAAAAAAUACUUGACUUUGUAACUCUGUAUAUUCUAUACAAUUUAUAGCAGAGCCGUUUUAAGACAGCCUCAUCACCUUUUUCUGUUCAUUGUGAAGACUUUACCAUGAGUGACGUUGAAGUUUGCGUUGAGUACUUAACGACCAACUAGAACCACAGUAGGUGUGCGCAGUGAACAUACUGUAUGCCGUACAAGGUACAUUGUAAUUUGCCGUUCUAGCAUCUGUAUUUCAGUUAGAAGAUAUUAUUAAAUGCAGAUGUUAAGGGUUGGAAAAGCCUAAUUUUAUUUUUAGAAAUAACGAAUACAAAUUUGGUUUUGCUUGAUUAAAAUAGCUUAUUCCUAUGUUAA